AUGGCCGCAAGGCGAUCUGUCGCGUCCGAUGCGCGCGAUGCGGAAACGACCGAGCGCACCGCAAAGGAUGAUAUUGAGAUGAAGGAUGAGGGCGACACACAUCUCGAUGAAAAUGACAACGAUGUUGACAUGUCGGAGAGUGCGUUGGAAGGUGACGGACCGCGCGACAUGCUCCAGCUCAUCGCAGAAACAUCAACCUACCUUUGCGAGGUAGAGGAGGAUGGCGAAGAGCUCGCAGCAGGAUUCCAGCGUAUACCCAAUCGACGGGUUCUCCCAGACUACUUCGAGGUUAUUGCAGAACCAGUCGCUUUCAGCACCGUUCGGGGGAAAGUCCUGAAGAAGCAAUACACCUCAUUUCCGGAAUUCGUGAAAGACGUGGCCCAAAUAUGCCACAAUGCCCAAGUUUACAAUAGGCCUUCAGCUCCCAUAUUCGGCGCGGCGGUGCGACUUCGCGAAGUGUUCAAGGAAAAAUUGGCAGAUCUAGCGGAGAAGGGGGCUAUUACCGCAGACGAGGCCGUGCUGCCAGAUCUCGGUGAGCUGCCGCCAGUUGAGGAUUCGCCACAACUUGAGGGCGGCGCCGAGGUGGAUUACGCCGGCCAAGACGAUGAAGACGACGAGGAUGAGGACGAAGAUGAGGAGGACGAAGAUGACGAUGAUAGCGACGAUGAAGGUCGUGGCAGACGAGGACGACGUGGACGUCGAAGUGCUGCGGCCCGAGACGACGAUUUCGAGGACGACAGCCAUAAGAAACGAGGGCGGCCUCCCACUGUUUUGACACCAGUUGAGGGACGAAUCUCGACAAUACUCAAAGAACUGCGUAAAUCCAAGGCUGAAGAUGGGAGUCUGCUUGUCCAGCCGUUUGAGAGGCUUCCAGACAGGUCAGUGCUACCCGACUACUACCAGACCAUCAUGAACCCGAUUGCGCUGGAUCAAAUCAAGAAGAAUACGAAAAGGAAGAAGUACCAGAACGUUGAUCAAGCCCUCGCGGACUUGGAUCUCAUGUUCAACAACGCCAAAGCAUAUAACGAGGACGACAGCCCUUUGUACCGCGCUGCUGUCGAACUUCAGAAGCAAGCACACGGAUUGGCCAUGCAAGAGAAAGCCAGGCCCGACGAAGACUUCAGGGAUGAAGAUGGCAGACUCCCUCUGACAUGCAUCGAGCAUAAGGGCGACGUCUACAGAGUCGGUGAUUGGGUCCAUAUUCGUAAUGCCAACGACUUGGGCAAACCAAUUGUCGUCCAGAUCUACAGGACAUGGCAAGCACGCGAUGGCCACAAAUGGAUCAAUGCAUGCUGGUACUAUCGGCCCGAACAGACUGUUCAUCGUUACGACAAACACUUCCUCGACCACGAGGUCUUCAAGACCAGUCAAUAUCGCGACCAUCAGAUUGAGGAUGUUGAAGAGCGUUGCUUUGUUAUGUUCGUCACCCGGUUCAAUCGUGGCCGACCGAGGGGCUUCCCCAGGGACAAAGCAGUCUACGUCUGCGAAUCGCGGUACAACGAAGAAAAAGCAAUCUUCAACAAGAUUAAUACAUGGGCAAGCUGUGUUCCAGACGAGGUGCGGGACAAGGACUAUGAGAUGGAUAUGUUUCCUCUCCCGCACAAGCGGCUUGUCAAACAGCCUAGUCCUAUCAAGCAUCUUCUGCGUGAGGAUGCCAAAGAAGCAGAUUCCAUUCCCAGACCGACUUGGGGCAGUGCAAACGCACCACCGAUUGUUGGCGCAGUUCACCGUAGACCUAGAGGAUCAGGCGAUUCACCACCGCCCGAGCCUGUACCCCCAGCACAGCAAGUGACAGCCCCUUCGAUGGCCACGGAUGCGUAUAGACGCGGCUCUAUGACACAGGGCCGGUCGGAUUCUCAGUCGCGCCACCUACCACCAGCCGUGAUGGCGCCUGGUCCGUCACCGUCGCCAAGCCGGUUCCAGUCAACUAUGCCAGUUCAAUACCCAACAACAACUCCUAUGGCUAACAGUGCUGUCGGACCGCAACAUUCUGUCCAGCACCAGCAACCACACCAGCCCAACUACCCUCAACAGACCGCAAUGCGCCCAAUCCAGUUUCAGCAGCACGCCUGGUCGCCGAGCCCGAGUGCAGCUAUUCCCCACUCACCAGCGCCUCAGCAGAUGCACACCCAGCCUUCGUACAACACAAUGGCUGGCUAUUCCCACGGGCCGCAGACGAAUACGAGAGCUGUCCACCCCCAGUCACACGGGAGUUUACCUCAUAUCGGCAACACAUACAACCCUCCCCGGCCGCCAGAGGUCUACACGCUCCCCGACGCUACGAAUGAGGCGUUCUCGGCCGAGAUCCGACAGCAAUUCAAGCGCGACGAAGCCGACCGUAUCCUGUUCUUCUCUGCGCCUCCACUCGUACGCGCAUCGGGUGCUUUAUCGCCGAGCGCUGCCAACCUCGGCCACAGCGCCAAAUAUCUGCUAGGACGUAGCGCAUGGCUUGCAGAACGCGAGAAGAAACGCAAGCUUCGUGAUCAAGCGUCAGAGGAGAGAGCAAGCAAGAGGUCGAGUCCUGAUGCAGGAAUGGCAGGUGAAGAAGACGAACUCACUUUGCAGGCCUCCAAAGCCGUGCUCAACUGGUUCGGGGGCUUUGAACAAGCGACAGCACAAUGGCGAAAGGCCGCAGGGUUGGAUGAUACGCACAAGACUGCGACCGUUUAG